UCUGCCAGUAUAUUACCAGAGGCCUUGUGAAAAGCAGCGAGCGUGGAAUGAUCCGGUUGCUGCCUCGCUGAAACACUCUGACUGGAUUGAUAUGGGAAGAAUAUUACUGGAGCCAUACUUAGUGAAGCUAUGAUAAGUAAAGGCUGGCAUUAACAUGAAAGCGAUUCAAGAUAUAUGAACGUGUUCCAGUACAACAUGAUUUAUUAUACAUUUUAAAAUCCGAAAUAGUGCCCCUAUGAAAGCCUUAGUAUUUGACUCCAAAAGGAACAAAAGACCUAAAUUAGAUGGGUCAGCGUGCCGCGCCCUCCAGCAGCUGAGAGGGGCUGUCGAGAAGGAGUCGAUGGCGCCCUCGUUAGGAUGUGGGCGUGAAGGGGGUGGAGUUGGGCGGGGCGGGCGGCCGCUGGUGGCACGCCUCCCCUACACCCACCACACACAACUCCUGACCCUCGCCGAUCUCCUCGACGGCUGCCCCAAGCCUGACCCAUUCGCUUACCAAGAUGCCAAAGUAAAAAGUUUAUCCAAGUGUCGCGGGUGUGACAGCUUCACCAUCUGCAGUCUGCUCUUCGGUUAUGAGGAGCAGGAGAACUCCAUAGACAUAGAGAAGUUGACGCCCACGGCGCUGCACGUCGCCUGUCUUUUACCGCAGCCCGGGCCUCUGGUGGGCAAGCUACUUGUGUCAGGUGCUUCCGUCAACGAGCCUAACCUGCUGGGUCAGACGCCCCUCCACGCCCUUCUGCUGGGGGACGUGCGAAGCAGCAGUGUGGUGGACGCACUAAGAACCUUGGUGGCACAUGGUGCUGACUUGAGUUGCAGGGACAACUCCGGAGAGACGCCGCUACACUCAGUGAGGAACCUCCUGCGGCAGGGGCUCUAUGAACGUGCCGCAGACAUCGCACACAUUCUCCUGCAGGCGGGGGCAAACGUGGACACCGCCAACAAUGAGGGUCGAACACUGUUGACGUACAGCGUGGAGCACCUCGACGACUCCCUCCCCCUCACUCGGACCUUGUUAAACCACGGAGCGUCUGCGUGGGGCGCUGCAGAUGGUAGCGACAAAGACCAAAGUGUAUUUACCUGGUUCCUUAAGGCGGUUAUUACUCACCGCAGACUAGAGAACUGUUCCUACACUGUCUCUAUCCUCUCCCACAUGAUGGCUGAUAACCCCAGAAGAAUGCAUCAGCAUGUGCUAAGAACGAUGUUCAGACAGUCUAGGUGUUAUAAAGUUCUGGGUCCUGUAUUCCUGGAACUGAAAACGCUCAUGAUGCCCCACUGGACGCAACCCGCCACCCUGUCCUCACUGUGCUGGCGCUCUGUCCGUAACUCACUCACACCAAAGAGAAUACACACGGGAACUCCUCAAUUGGGUCUUCCUCCACCGCUCGAGUCCUACAUCCUCUUGGGACAACCCACCAGUAGUCAUUCCUAGCCCAAGAGUAUGUUACUUGUAGAGGAAGAAAACUUGUAAAGAUUUCAUGUGGAUAAACAUUGCUGUGGGCAAAUCCUGAAAUGGAGAGUGAAUAUGUGAUAUCCUCCGAGUAUGUGAAGAAACACUUAUAGUGAUCUUGUCAACAGUCUCAGCGUAAAGGUCUCACAGAACAGAGAAGGAACUGAAAGGUUUCUUGGCUGUGUUAACUCAAAGGAGAGUCAUACGUGUAAAAUCCCUAAAUUGCGUUUAUUUUUUCUAUACGGUAUUUUAAAUGUUCUCAUUUUUUCCCAAGUACCCUGUAUAUACAGUAUUGUACUUCUUAUACAAAAUUUGUGUUAAGAAAUGCUUUUAUCAUUCUAAACUAUCAAUUUCACUCUUUAAGAAUGUCUACCGUGUAGGUCUUUCAUAUGCUACAUCCAUCAGCUAUACUUCUCACCUUUCAUGAAAAAGUAUUCACUUUUUUAUGUCAAUGUGCAUCAUCCAUUUUUACCACCUAGCUAGAAAACUACUGAUUGCAGGGGUCAAACUUGCCAGCACGACUUGUGCCUUACUCAACAAAGUUAACAAUACAGCAGAAGAAAAAAAUAAAAUUAACUAAGGCAAGUACAUGUCUUUAUACAUUAAAGUCAUAUAUUCCGAGUUCGUGGAAGGGCCAAGACAUUAAGAGUGGUUUACCUGACAAGUCUUCCGCUACUGUAAGGGGUGAUCUGUACAACACAAUAAUGAUUCAUAUCCUUGAGCUUCUCGAGGGAAAUCUUCCUUACAUUUAAACAGGUGCUAAAGCUUACCAUUUUGUAACAUUUAUUCAGAAAUUAAUAGAGGAGUGCCAAAUAGCAAGUGAUAUUUGUGGAUACUUCACUAUGGUGGUUUGUGAAAAUUUUAGUGAGGGGCCACUCGCUGGCAGUCCACCGUGUAAACAUUGCCACGUCACACCCCAGAGGAACAUCUUUAUCCCUCUAUGGGUCUUGAGUCAAACUUAAUUAAAACAUUAGAUAACGAAAACCAUAGUGACCUGUACUGCCAAGUUUAUUCCUAUAUUUAGGUAUUUUUACAUGUAUAAAAGACAAGCCAAUAUAGUACUGUACUGUAGUCAAUUUUAUACUUUUUUCCUAAUAGGUAGGAGAGGUGCUUCUGAUUAUUCAACAGCUGAGACGCUAGUUGUAACUGUAUGAUCAAUAUUGUAGAAACAAAUAUGUGAGAAUUUGUGAUUGGGUACCUAAGGUCACGUAAAUGGUAACAAUUGCAUCUCCAGACAUAUUUUGGAUAUAAGCUUCAUAAGGCAUUUAAUGUCAACAUGAAGGGCAAGGGUAGUUAUUACUCAGUGUACUUCAAACCAGACUGGUCAAAAUACUCCCCAUUAAAACUUUAAUUAGAUAUAAUAUGUCUUCUUAAAAUAUGUUUUAAGCAAGAUAUUUGAUGCUUAUAUUCCUGCAGCACAAUAAUGGUACUUUAACGUUUUAUAUAUAGCUACUGUAUAUAAUUUGAGGUUCAUAAUCAUACACUAUUCCUAUAUGGUGAUGAUUUUGUUGAGAAUUUCUUAUCAAAAUCGAAUUUGGCUACUCUCAUAUAUUAAGGUGUUCAAACACUUGCAUAUAAUACUUUGUUCAGAUCAAAGUUGCCCUGCCAAGCCUUUCGUGUAAAACAGCUUAUUUAAGCUUUACUCAGGAUUUCUUGUAGGCCUACUGUCAUUGCUUAUUAUGGUAUGAUAAACACUUGGUGAAUGUUAUCUCAAGCCCCCACGCCGGUGAUGGCUUCAUAAUGGUGUAUGUUUACACUGAUUCCUCAACAAUACUCAGGUGUCACGACUCACUGUGAAUCACAAUUCAUUCAUUCUUGCCCAAACAAGUCCGCCUUCUUCUCAUGUACUCAGUGGAUCGUAGAGUCUUGUGUUUAGGUAGCCUGUGAGUAGAUGAAUACCUGUCGUGGUGCCUCAACUUUGUGCUCGUCAUUUAUGUAACACAUGUGUAAAUGGAUGACAAAUGCGUUGUUUUAUAUAUGACCAGGACAGUUUUGUACCGUAGUGUGACUCUUGUGCGACAGUAUGUGGUCAUUAGUAGCUACCACUGAAAACACAAGUAUUGACAAGUGCCUCAAAUUCAGUGACUUAAGAGCAGAAACAAUAAGAAACUUUGCUAAAAACAUGUGUAGAGUGACAUGUGGUAAUUGUGACACUGACACAGGACCUGACGACGAGUAAACUGACUCCUUGACGAGGUAAUAGGACACCCAGGGGUCCAGCUACUUUAGGUUAGUCUUCAGUACCAAGGUAACAUCCGUAACUGCUGACCGGCCAGACAAGCGAUCAGUACCAGUAUGAAGGAAGGUCUAGUGCACCAGACAAGAGCUCCCCUGAUUCUCCAUCAUAUACUGUACUGAUUGGCAUCAUCGGAACUGCUACUGGUCGCUAACGAGAGAGACUGAGAGGCCAGUGAUCGAAUGGCCAGUACUUAAGAUUUCAUAGAUAAGUGAUUAAUGAGGAAAUGGCACUCAAUAGAAAACUUUAAGAGUGAGGUGUAAGAAUAUGGGUGUUAGUGAAUCCGCCCCUUCCGGGAAGGUGGUAUGGUCAUGCUCACACAACAAUUGCGAAACGUCCAAGACAUAUUGUGAAUAUUUUAUAUAUGUGCGCAACUUUGGCUGUUUUCUCACCAGUCAGAGUAAAGAUAUGUAUAUUUACUUAUAAAAUAAAGAGCCCAAAGUGC